AUUGUACAGUAUAGGCUUUUCGUUUAUUAUAGGGUUAGAUCUUGAGGUGAUUUGCGCAGCAAAUAAAAGCAGCUGGGGAAUAUGCGAGAGUAUAAGGCCCCCCUCGCUAUCUUCCUGUGAGAGUUCCUCAGCUUCAUAACGGUUAAGGACUGCUUUCGGUUAUUUUCCUUAAAAAUCGAAAUCACUUGAGCUUUACGCCCGUGAGGAUCUUCUCUACCCUCUCUGAAUGACUCCAGCGUUGUGGAAUACAGUAUACGGGAGUCGUAGCCAACCCAAACCCGUUCCUCUCUAUGCGUCACGUAGCCUCAGCUUCCGGUAUUUGAUCGGAAGUCGAGCUUAUCCGCGGCGCUCUAUGGAACGGCGAGAGAUGCGCCGCUCUAGCCUGCGGAAGCCUCUGUGGCGAAAAGCCUCGGAAGCGCCAGUUAAGCUUUGCAAUGGCGAUCUCCCAGAAGGAAUCCGCGUAAAUUUCUCCUCGCGAGGAGGGCGGGUUUAUUUUGGGAGAGGGUGGGAGGGUGGCGGUAUGCGAGGACUACAGCACCCAGGUUGCCCUGCGGUCGGGAUCCUGCGUCACGUGAUCUUUCCGGGGUAGUCCCCUCCGGUCCUCCCUCUCCAUCAGCUGGAAAAUGGCAGUGCUGAGCCCUGGGGAGCGCUGGGCUGAAGGUAACGAACCCUUCAAGCUGGUCGUGCCAUCGCCUCAGAGACUGGGCAGGCUGGGAUCGGCCUUAAGCAUUGAUUGAUGAGCUCAGAAGAAAUGCAUGUAAAUCAGAGGAAAUGAGAAACAACUUUGAUUACUGUGGGUGUAGUGACUGUAUGAGGAUAAAAAAGGAACAUCUCUGUGACAGUGGCAGGAGUCCAUCAGCGUCUGGGGAAGGUAGCAUGACCUACACAAAAGAACAGCUCCUUGGGGUACAAAGAAUAAAGAACAGUAAGAAUUACUAUGAGAUUCUAGGUGUUAGGAGAGAUGCCAAAGACGAAGAAUUGAAAAAAGCAUACCGAAAACUUGCCCUGAAAUUUCAUCCAGACAAGAACUGUGCUCCAGGAGCAACAGAUGCAUUUAAAGCAAUAGGCACGGCUUUUGCAGUUUUGAGCAACCCUGAAAAGAGAUUACAAUAUGAUCAAUUUGGAGAUGAACAAGAGACUUGUUAUACUAACCUGCCCAAGCAUUAUAACUAUUACAGAGAGUUUGAAGCAGACAUCACACCAGAAGAAAUAUUUAAUAUGUUUUUUGGAGGGAACUUCCCAACAGGAAAUAUCCACAUGUUUUCAAAUUCAUCAAUGGAUCCCCCAUGUUAUCAGCCACGGAACAGGCAUGAUAGGACUUGGACAGAGGAAGAAGAGGAGGAAGAAACUAGACCACAGAAUUCAUACUCUGCAUUUAUCCAGUUACUGCCAGUUUUUAUUAUAAUAGUUGUGUCAAUCGUAACUCAACUGAUGGCAACUAACCCACCCUACAGCCUCUUCUUCAAGUCGACUCUUGGGCACACAAUUGUUAGAGAAACACAGAAUCUACAGGUGCCUUACUAUGUUGAUAAAAGCUUUGAAAAUAGCUAUAAUGCCGAAGAACUCGAAGAGCUUGAAAAACACAUUGAAAAAGAUUAUAUCGAAUAUAUCCAGACUAGCUGCAGGAAAGAAAAACAACAAAAAUCGGAGCUAUCGAAUUUGGCGAAGCUGUACAGAGAUGAGCGACUGAAACAGAAAGCGGAAUCCGUAAAACUUGAGAACUGUGAAAAGCUCUCCAAUCUCAUAGGACUACAAAGGAGUCGUCAGUGGGCAGAGGCAUGAAGGGAGCGGCACUAACAGGCCACGUGUGCUAUUGGGAAGAAUUUCCUCUUGGUUCUGUUUCCCUUUUUAAAUGAAGAGGAAAAGCAUAGUGUAAAGACUUAAUACUUAGUAUCAUCAUCAUCAUCAUGUACAUGGAUCUGAAUGAACUGAGCCCUAAGAGGCAACACUUGCUGUAACAUAUACAGUAUAUUUGGUUCCAAGGCCCAGUAGUGUUUCAGUGUUCAUGAUUCCUCGGUGAUUUAAUUGCAUUCGGCAGCUGUCUUCAUCUGAUCCUUUGCUGCCAUUCGGGGGCCUUGCAGAUGUUUCCCAGCAACAUACCCCCCCUCAUGCUCACUGGUGUUGCCGUAAGCAUAGAUCCCACAAAAUCAGAUCAGUCAUUCCCUGAACGUCUUACAUUGCCAUUUCCAUGUUCCUCUGAAGCUGCUGUUUAUCAGACUUCCAGCAAAAGAGAGAAGGGACAAGAUUUGGUUUUGAUAUAUACCUACUCUGUUUCAACAGAGCUUGCAGCCUCAAGGAUGUAACCCUAUUUUUGAACAGUCUCGUAGUAAAUAGAAAAACCUGGGCUUCAUGUUUUGGUCCUCAGGGUGACCUUGGGGCAUUCAGAUUUGGGGCGUUAUGAUUUUUCUAUGUCCUCUGUCCAUGGAACAGCUACAACUGCACUCCGCUGAGUUUCAUAUACUGGGAUCUUGGAAUCUUUCAUGUAACAGGAGGUGGAAGAGUUUAUGACUGAUCACAUCAGCUUUAUUAACAGUGCUAUGGAGUUUCGUUACACAUCUUUCACCAACAGCACUAUAUAGAAAUACCUAUAUACAUGUUCAGAUUUGUAGUAGAUUCCAGCUACACUGCGAUUAUAUACCCUUACUGAAAUAACAGUUUGAAUUCCUAAGAGGUAGUAUUAAAUAAAAACUGCUUAAUUUGUAAACCCUUUUUUAAAUACAGGCAUGUUUUCUUUAUUCUGGGAAGCUAUUUCUUAUUAGAGAAGGUAUCUGAUCUCAGUCCUAAAAUGCCUGUGAAAAGAGAUUAAAUGAAAUGAAUGGAAUUUGAAUUAAUUCAACAGGUGUAGACAGCCUAUUAACACAGAAAGUUAAUUUGGCAGGAGGUUCCUGCAAAGAGUGUGGGCUUUUAUCUGUUUUGAAUAUUCUGGUUACUUGCUAAAGGGAUAUAAAUAUAUGCAGCCUAGUGACUUCCAGAAGUUUUGGUCCACAACUCACCUUGCUGAUCAUUGCCCAUGAUGACUGGGGCUGAUGAGAGUUGUAACCCAAAACACCUGGAGGGCACCGGGUUGGUGAUGGCUGGCAUGUGUUUAUCCAACAUCGUGGUUGAGGUUGCAAUCCUGCUGGAAAUAAGCUUCACUGAAACUCGGUCAGAACUUAGUGGAACUUCUGAGUCAAUGUGUACAGCUUAGCAUUGUAGUGGUCAUUUAUGACAUAAAGUGGCGCCUCCAUUGUAUUCCAGUUAAACCAGAUUGUUGAAUGAAACGCAUACAUUUUGACAUAGGUGAAUCACUGACAUAAAGGGAAGGGAUAAACUCUAACACCCAGGGACAAUUUUGUCCUACUGUGCUUGCUUGCACAGAUUCCCAGGUAACAUGUGCCAGGGAAUAUUUCUAAGUUAUAUUUUGGAGCUACUAAUGAUACUUUUAGGUAGCGUAUGACCCCAAAAUUUGGCCAAAGUUGCAAAAGGCCUCUGCUUUAUUAAUAAUAAAUUUUUUAGAAAUGAAUUGGUUGGCAAACUGAAAGAAAGCUAACACCCUGAUUUAUAUUGUAUACAAUUUAACUGAGUGUAUUAUUUGUUUGUCCCUGUUAGGCUACAAGUAAAUCUGUAGUCAAUUGUAGCAUCAGUUAAAGACUUGGUUUACCCUUAUAAUUAAAUGUACUUCAUGUGCAUGGUAUUUGAAAAGUUUACUGUUUUCUUUAACUUCACAUUGAGCACAAUCUUUUAUUUAUUUAUUUAUUUAUUUAUUUAUUUAUUUAUUGCGAUUUUGGUGAGAUUAAUUUUUCUGAAUGUAAAUAUAGCAAUAUGGUAACUGUAUAUGACUUCAUUGACUCUUGAUUGUACAGUUCAUUUUUCAUAAACCGUGUAGGCGUGUAUUGUACACCAGAUGACUAGUAAAUAAGGUUUGCUGUCCUUUAAGUCCUGAGUGAAAAAUCAGGAAAUUUAUUGGAGUGAUUAGUGGAUUUGAAGUCAACAGUUUUCUGUUGUUUUGGCCUCAGCUCUUCAGCAAUUUCACUAGGAGUAUUGCAGUGUUUGGAGAUUUCACCAUUAGUUUCGGAAACAAAAGAUUUCAGUAUGUUGGUUUUUUAAACAAAAACAAAAAAAUUCCAAAUGUAAUGCAUUAUUUAGCCAUGAAAACGACAACUUCCGCUGUGUUGUAUGGAAAUAAAAAACGAAAUAAAUGAUUAUGAUUAUCAAAGCUCACUUACAUGCAGGAGAUUAUCUUUAUUUCAAGUUGAUCUUUGUUUCACAUAGAGAUCUAUAAGCUCAGCUAACUAGCCAGGCUAGAGGCCUUGUGCCUACUGUUUCUUUCCAGUGCCUUAUCUUGUGCUAGGAGCAGCUUUACUCCCAUAUGAAAGAAGAUGUGCCUUGUUGUUCUGAGAUGUACCUUCAUCUGUUCCUUUCCCCCUCAGGUAGAAAGG